GCGUCGGGCGCUCGGAACAGUAGACGAUCGAGAGAAUCACAUCGCGUGGGUAGACGAGGGCGAGUGCAGUGUGCAGUGCGUGCGGGUCGUGUGUCGCUGAAAGCUCGCGCCGUGAAGCCUCCGAUACCAGAGCGGCGGCAUCGCGCGAGCGCCCGCCUCGCGUCAGUGCCGGCCCGGCCGUGCCGUAAGCACCACGCUCCGGCAACGAUAUACGCUCUUAUUGCUCUGCUGGACUCUGAUACACAUACUGUAUCAACAACUUUGUAUUUUACCUUGCCGGCCAGCCAAGUGUUCGCGAAUAUACCCCCUGUGACUGUGACGGACGAGGUCAGAUGGAGAGGCGGCGCGCGGCGGGGGCGCUGCUCGCCCUGGCCGCAUGCAUACUCUGCACGGCUGCGGCUCCUACAGCGAGUAAUCACACAGCAUUAAAUUUAUACGAUGCCGAACCAGAAGGUUGCUACUACAACUUCCAGCACUACGGCGAAGGCGAUCGCAUUAUGACAAAUGAGCCCUGUUUGAACUGCACAUGCCACAACCGAAUGCUUAUGUGCUAUCUGCGAGUGUGCCCCUUCACCAAACCUAUCGGUCAAGACUGCACCGUGGAGAAGCGCGCGGAUCAAUGCUGCCCCAUUGUCACCUGUCCGGACGUUCCAGUUGACCUACUCACGUUAACUUCAACUACUUCGCCAGCUGAAUAUGGAGCAACUGGAGUUGGCAAACUUGACAAAUAUGGAUGCAGUAUCAAUGGAAAAUACUUCCCAGAAGGUUCUAAAGUGCCUCCGACUCCGAACAAGCCAUGCGAACACUGUUACUGCAUUCGAAACAUGACGACCUGCGUAAUGCAAGAGUGUACUCUCCACGUGGAUGGAUGCACCCCCAUAUAUCACAAAGACGUUUGUUGUCCGGUUCGAUACUCUUGUGAUCACCCUGAAGAUGAAAUACUUCUACUAGAUGACAAGACAACUACCGUGCGACCAACGCCUGGAUUUUUGUUGACAACUACAACAAAUUCGCCUGUUACGCAAUUUACCCAAGACUGUGUUCAUGACGAUCAAAUAUUUGCUGAUGGAGCAUUAAUAAAAACUGAAAAGGCCUGCGAGCAUUGCUAUUGUAUGAAAGGCGACAUCGUAUGUGUAGUCCAAGAAUGUGGUACACCAAUGGAAAAUGAAGGCAAAAAUUGUACAUCCCUGCCACCAAGAGAAGGCCAAUGUUGUCCUGAUACAUAUAUAUGUGAAGGAGAUGAAUUAAAUACUGAAUAUCCAACGGACCUAAUAACAGAAAACAUAAUUGAGGAUUUAACCACACUGUCACCUCCUAGGAGAGUCAGUGAGGGCAGUGGUUAUAGGAAGGAACCAGACAACAUUGAUGAUAUGGAAUCGCACCCAACCGAAUCUACACAUGAAGGAAGUGGAGAUGCUCUUGAAUCGGAUCACACCAUACAGAUUAGCGAUAUGUCUACAACAGAAGAUAAUACUAAUUAUAUUUAUUCUACCAUUCCAUCUUUAGAUAAUGCAGACAAAGAAGAUUUCGAACAAGAUACUUCUGCAAAACCAAGUGAUGAAACACCGAGUAUCACUGAUUUGGAAGAUGGUUUCAAAACAACAACGAUUUCGGAUGUACAACACGAGAUUAAACAAGAUGAAAAUGUAGAGCCAGACAGAGUAGAAAGCUCUACUAGUGGUAUGGCUUCGUAUGAUCAUAAAUUGGAAACUUCUCCGCCCGAAGAACAAGCUGUUAUUGAUAAAGAAAAAAUAAACGUUCCCGAAGAUAAAGUAAGGCUUACAACAAUGCCCUCUAUUCUAGAAGAAAAAGAAUCUACAACGGCUUCCAAAUCUUAUGAAGAAAACAUUGCAACAAAUGCUUUUACAGUUCAGCACGAUGUACAUAUCUCAACAACUAUACAUCCCAUUUUAGAAGACGAAGGUAUUACAACAGAAUCGGAUAGAGAGCAACAAACUAUAGUACCUGGAUCUUUUGAAGAGCAUAGCCAUGAUCUUGGAUUACAUACAGCAAGUACCACAAGCGCUCCGUUCUUAGAAGAAGUUGAGAGAAUACCAACGGGUACUUAUGAACAACACGUGGUCACUGAUGAAAUUACUGAAGGUGAUACGGAGGAUACUACUAAGGAUAGAACAGAUGCAAUAACAACACCAAUUUAUGAAGAUAGUGACAAUUUAAUAGACAUACAUAAGCAUAAAGAUCAUUCUACAGAAACACAAUCUACUUUAAUUCCUAAACUGGAUGAAUUUGCGCAUUCAACAACAAUCGUUCCUAGUAUAGAAGAAGCUGAAAAGACAUCAACUAAGAUCCCAGAAGAUUUAACUACCAGCAAACCAUCUGAGGAAACAUUUGGAAAAGAUAAAUUUGUUCCAACUUCUACAUAUCAACCAAUUACAAAUGAAAGCUUAGAAGCAAUAACUGCAACUUCCGAAGAACAUUUGGCUACUACCCAAGAAUCUUCAGAUUCACAGAAAACUGCCGUUGAUACUGAAAAAUCGCAAACUGUAAAAUACGAGAAGGUUACCGAGAAAAAUACUUAUGACGACCACGCUAAUAUUCCUACUACAGCAAGUGCUCCAGUUAUUGAUGAGCACGAAGAAGAUUCGAAGGCCAGUGAAGUACCAGAAUCAGUUACCAGUGAAGCAACAGGAAGCAAAAUUACCGAUGAAUAUGAUACUGUCUCUACCAUCGCCCCUAAUUACCACGAUCACUUAACAACGACAGAAAAUAAAGAUAUUGUUGAAUCACAAGAAAAAGCUAGUGAAAGUUCAACAAAGCCUACCUUUAUUAAAGAAGGUGAAAAGGAAAGUACUCAAGAUGUAAGCUAUGAUAUUAGCACAGAAAAACAUCCUGAACAAGAAACUUAUGAAUCACAAAAACCUGUCGGUACAAACGCUCCUAUUUCAGAAGACGCUGAAAUUGCAACAACUGAGUUUGUUAAAGACCAAGACUUUGUUACUACCGGAAUCGUGGAACAAGACAGUGUAAAGCCAAGCAAUUACGUUCCAAGUACCUCCAGUACUCCAUUCUUGGAAGAAAUUGAAAAACUCACCACAGAAAUCUCACAAGGACAUGUUGUUACUGAUGUAAUCACUGAGAAAGAAGAUUUCAAACCACCAAAACAAGAAACAUCUGACACUGAAAGUCCUCCUGCUUUAGACAUAGAAGAUAUAACAACUUCCGUACCAGAUCGAGGAUUAAAUACUAUACCUAGCGGAAUAGUUGAAGCGGAAGAAAGCUCCAAGACCUCAGAAAUAACUACACCAAUAAAUGACUUGCAAGACAAAGACAUACAUGCAACUGAGGGAUUAAUUAGUGAUAAAGAAACCCAAGGUGAUGUAUAUUCAACAGUUGCAUCUUCAAUACCAGAUGAUUCGAUUGUGAAAGAUGAUAAAGCUGUUGCGACGACAGAACCAUUACCUAGGAAAGAAGAUGAACAUCAUGUUGAAAUAGUAAGUCCUAAGGAACCAGAGUUAGUAACGGAAGUUUCCAGAGAAAGUUUCCCAACCACAGAAUCAUUGGACCAACAAGAAACAAAAUCUCCUUCACAAUCGUCAACAGAAGAAACACCUGAAAUUCAUGAAAAUAUUCCUCACGAAGAGGCUACUGUUGAAGCACAAACGGAAGAGAAUAUUACCGAAAAGGGCAUGAAACCCGGUAUUGUAGAAGUGGUUGGACCGACGACUCAAAUAACACCAAAUGCGCCCGAAGUAACUACAAUAAAUCUUGGUGAAAAUGAAAUUGACGAGGAUAAUUUAUUGUCACCCGGAAGAAUACCUGGUGAAGGAGAUUGUCUUUUGAACGGUGUAACCUACAAAAAUGAAAGCUCUGUGCCUAACACAAAUAAAUGUCAUUCCAAUUGUAGAUGUAUAAGCAGUAUUGUUAAGUGCAGCCCAAUAAUUUGCAGCGCACCACCAGAAUAUAUAGAGAAUUGUCAACCAAUUUAUGAUUCACCAGAUGCCUGCUGUCCUACGUAUGUAUGUGAUCAAUUUAGAGAAACACUUCCACCUAUGCCUCACAUACACAUAACAACUACUGAACUUCCACAACAGCCAUCCAUUGAGUGUCGCGGUGAUCAGUGUGAAGUACAUGAAGAUAAGAUUCACCCGGUUGAAUCUCCUGCGGUGUGCGCUAAUAAUGAUUGUGGAAGUGAAGCCGAUAAAAAGACAGAUAUUAGCUCUUGUGGUCCACAUGGUUGUGUAGAAUCUCCAGAAACACCAGAAUGUACUAACGAUGAUUGUAAACAUCCACCAACUAAAGUUCCCUUGGAAACAAAAUGCGAAAGUGGUAAUUGCGAAUCUUCCCCAGCGAACCUGCCUCAAACCCCAGAGUGUGAAAAUGGCGUGUGUAAAGACGAAAAGGUGCCUGAAAUAACCCCAGAAUCUUGUACUGAAGAAGGCGGUUGCAAAGGAACUGAUGUAAAUGUUAUUCAGGAUUGUGCCGAUGAAAGUUGCAGAAGGAAAGAAACUUCAGAUAUUGAAAAGAAACCAUCCUUAUGUGCUGGCCCUCAUUGUGAAAAAGAAACGCCAAUUCAAGAACCAAUAGAAACAUCUACUUUGGGUGAAACGAUUGAAAUCAAGACAGAAUCACCCGAACUUGAUAUUAGUGAUUCUAUAACAACAGAAGACGCUUUACAUGAUACAAUUGCACCAGAAAAACACGAGGUUGUCACUGAAAUCAACGCCUAUGACACAACGAUUUCGGUUGACUCUCAUAAAGAACCGAUUUCCCCAGGAAUCCAAGAAGAACCUAAACUCCCAGAAUUAUUAUCCACGGAGAAGGAAUUUAUAACGGAAACAUAUACAAAAUCACCGCCACUGGCAACUGACAUCAUCGCUCUUUCAACUAAGAUUCCUGAAGAAUAUGUUACCGAAAGUGAUAAAGAUGUUCUUCAGACAAAGAUUCCUGAAGACGUUACCCAAACUCAGCAAAUUAUUACAGAGACAUCUAAAGUUCAAUAUGAAGAUCAAUCGACAUUUGAAACAAGCAAAGAUGUCGAUGAAGCACAUACUGAACCUACGAAAUACGUUCCAGAUACUGAAGAAAACACCAUCAAAGUUAUGACAAACGACGAAAUCCCGACGGAACAACCAAUUGUAGUGGAAACAAACGAAAUAUUAGAUACAACAUCUAAACCCGAAGUAUCGGAACCAGAAAAACUUACGACACAAAUACCGGAACAUGGCAUAAGUGAAGUAACUGAAUCGCAGGUUACUGAAUUACAAGAAGGUACAACACUAUCGGAAACACCUAUUGUAGAACAUGAAAAAUACACUCAGGCUCCAGUAUAUGACGUUUCUAAAUCCAAAGUAGUUACACCACAGACUGAGGUAGAGACCGGAGAGGAAGUAACUACUGAAUACAUAUCUGGACCUAAAGGAACAACUCUGGCUCCUACUGAUCUCCACGUUACUCAGGAGGAGUCUGAUGAAAAGGUAACAAAAAUGGAAAUUGAAAAGGGCAAUGACGAAAAGUUCACUCAGUCCCAAGAAUCAGCAACUGAAUCACAAGCGAUUAGUUCAGAAUUUUCGACACAAGAAUACACUGAAGAUAAUCUACCACAUCCAAUACCUGAUGAAGAACAUGCAUUACCGACAGAAUCAAGUGCAGCAACAACUGAGCAGGAUUUGAAAGCAACAGAUAAAGUUACACAUGUAACUGAAGAAAACGUAGUACAUCCCGAAGCUAAUCAGACUCAGAAGCCUGACAAAGAAUAUGAUGUUGGUACCGAACUUCCAGUUGCAUUCAUUACUGAAACAAUAGGAUCUAUAUCUGAACCUUCUAUCACAAAACAUGAAGAGCAUACAGAACAUGUAUUGAUAAGCACUCCCUCAGAAGAAAUGGAAAGUGAAAUACAAAAAGAUACAGAUGUAGGCUCAACUCUCACGCCCCAUACUGCCAAAGAUGAAACAAUAAAUACAAUUCCUGAACAAGAAGCAACUGAAGCAUCACCUGGAGAACCCCACAGAAAUUAUGAAGAAAUUUUCACAGUCACAUCCGAUCAUGAUAUAAGUACGGAGUCGAUAGUACUCCCAGUCACAACAGACUCAAGUCGAAUUACUGAAACACCGCAAGGUGUUGACAAAGAAUCAGUACAGACAGGAGAACCCGAAACAACGUCUGCCUAUGCUGAACAUGUUACAAUGGAGCACGUAACAUUACCUGAAAAAGCAACAGAAAUCCCAGAAAUUUUAAGUCACAAAAAAGAAUAUAGUUCGGAAACACCAAUGGUAUCGGAAAGUGGUACAGAAAAACCCACGGAGGCUGAAGAAACUAUAAAACAAGAAGAGCCAAGUGCAGACAAAACUGUAAGCUCAAUAACUGCCGAACCAGAAUCUCAGACAGAAUUAUCAGAAACUGUAACAAAGAAACACCGACCAACUGUUAUAGAUGAAACAACAGACACGGAAAUCGUGAAGGAUAAAACGGAAAAACCAACACUUGUCCCAGAAACAGAAGCUACUUACGCUAGUGGUUUAGAUAAAUCCACAGAACAUGUACAAAUAGUUACGGUAUUGCCAGAAUCACAAGAAUUAUUUAUUCCAGUUAAAACAGAAACUACUACUAUUCUUACGCCAAUUGAGAAAGAAACAGCUUCAGGCUUAACAGAAAUAAUUUCUGUUACUGAAAAAGCAGAUGAUGUUCAUAUCAAUAUUGGUAAAGUAGAAGGCAGCACAGAUAAACCAAUAUUUGAAGGCACUUCACCGCAGUCUUACGCACCUGAAACUCAAGAACCAGAAAAUAGGUACACGGAAAAGGUUCCGACAGGGUCAUUCGAUUCAACUACAAAAACACUCGAAGCUAUAACAACAGAACCUUCUAAUAUAUUAGUUGAUACAUCAACAUUAGCAGCACCUGAAAUUCAUGAAAUUCAUACGGAAACAAUUCCUGCUAUGGAAGAAGAAAUUCACACAAAGGCACCAGAAAUUCAAGACACUACUAAAAUUUUGGCGGUAGAUAUUAGCAAAGAUAAAGAAGUUACUACAGAAAUGGCAGUAGAACAUAACACUGAAGAAGAUUUAGUAACAAAAAUACAAGAUGACGUUACAGAACAUCAAGAAAUUAUAACAAAUGUUCCAGAAAUAGAUACAAGUAUGUCAAGUCAUGAACCCUCAGAAGCCCCAGAGGUAUCUGAUACAAUUGUUACAGAACCACAAGAUAUAAAUAAAGUAUCAGACGAGGCACAAGUAACAGAAUUACAGACUCCCUCCACAGAAACUGAAUAUUCAAGAACAACUGAACAACCAGAAAAAGAAGAACACAUAAAACAAAUUGGAGAUUUACCUACCACAAAUGCACCAAAAGCUCCAACUGAGGUACUGACAAUCCUGGAAGUACAUACUACAUCACCCGAUUUACAAGCUACUGUGGGUGAAUCAGUAAGUACAGAUCGAGAAGAGAUCACAUUAUCGUCAGCCUCACCCGAUAUUUCAGAAAAAGUAUCUGUCACUGUAACGGAAUAUGAUCAUUUAGUAACAACAGUACCAGAAUCAUCAAGUAUAAAAUCAGAAGAACCAAGUACAUCUUUGCCACAUGAUGCCUUCACUCAUCACGAAAUCACGCCAACAAUUUCAUCUGAAUCCAUAACCGAAGAAAUAAUAGAAGGAAGUUCCCGCAUUCCAGAUUUAGAAAAGGUCGAACAUGAAGAGCCAAUCACAAAAGCCCCGGAGCCGAUUGCAAAUGUAGAUGAUGUCACGCCAUCAGAUGAUUCUCAUACUGUUCUACAAGAAACAGCUACUGAGAAAGGAGAAGAUGUGGAGGUAAGCACGGAACCUCUAUUGCAAACUGUAUCAGAAUCGCAUGAUCAGAGUGAGCGUCCUAAACCGACAUCUGUACCAGUACCCGACCUGUUAGAAACUACGCCAUACCUUGUAGAAUUACAAGAACACACACAUAUGACUAUACAAGAAGUAACCACAUCAUCUCCAAUCGAAAAAGAAAUCAUAACGGAACAAAUAGUUACGGAAAAAAUUGGAAACGAGCAUGCCGUUUCAGAGAUAACUACUGAAGCUUAUGUUAACAAACAAACGGAAAUUCAGGAACCAACGAAACAUUACGAAGAAUCUUCGACGUUACUAGAAACACUUGAGAAAACUACUCAAGCGACUCAGUUGAAAGAUGAACAAUCAAUACCAACGAUUCAACCUGUAGAAAUUGAUGUUAAGGAAACAACUAUAUACAAAGAUAAAGAUUUAACUACGUUAGCCCCCACGCAAUUAACAGAAGUAGAAAAGGAAGCUACUCCAGAAGCGGUUGUUACUGAUAAUAUAGAGAAAACAGUAACGACUUCUGAAAAACCAGUACAAAGUGAUUUGACAGUUGGGAUUACAACACCGGAAGAAACUACUGUUUUGUCUACAGAAAAAUCGGAUAAAACGGAAGAAUUACCAACACAGUCACCGGUAACCAUUGAUAAAAUCACUAAGCCCGAAGAAAAACCUGUAGAAUUACCGACACCUUUACCAGAUUUGUCAAAACCGGGUACAAGCGACUCUCAGCCAACCGACGAAGUACCAAUCCCUGAUGAAGAAACACACUUCCCUUCGAGUGGAAGCAGCGGAUAUGGUGGCGAGCCGGAUUAUGUAGAAGAAGAUCAAGCCUUUGGGCCUGGAACAUGCCGUUAUGGUGGAAAAGUAUACGUAUCGGCGCAACAAAUACCCAGAGAUGACCCUUGUGACUUCUGCUUCUGUUUCAGAAGUGACAUCAUUUGCUUACAACAAAGUUGUCCUCCGCCCAUACAUGGAUGUCAUGAAGAACCAAUACAAGGUUUCUGUUGCCCCCGGUAUGAAUGUCCUGUAUCCAUGGCGACAACUCUCAAUGUCACCACGACCACGACAACAACAACAACAACACUGCCACCACAUUUCCCGACUCAUUCUUAUAAAGGUGCCGCCCAAAGAAGAGGCUGCCAGAUAAAGGGACAUACAUACAAAGUAGGGGAAGUUGUACGCAGUUCAUCAGGACCAUGUUUACAUUGCACAUGUGGAGGAGACGGUCAAAUGAAAUGCGAUCCUAAGGCAUGCACUCCGGAACCCAUGCUGAGGCAAAUGAUAGCAGCGGCCGUGUCGGCUAAACGACGAAGGUGAAAACCCAAGCCAAGCUCAUUAAUUAUCUCAAACAUGACAUCACAGGGAUAAACCACCUGUGUGAUAAAUAUUUCCAUCUACUUUUCUAUGCACAAGAAUAAUGCUCAAUUCAAAUUAUCCCGAUGGAGUAGUUUAAGAUUUCGUGUCAUAAUUAUGUAGUUAUGGGUUACAAAAAAUCUUUUUGUUACUUUUCAUAAAGUGUCGUGGCACGCACAACUCAAUAUAAGGAAACAACCUUGACUGUGAUUAAAAUAUUUAAUUAUUUCGAAAUCAGAAAUUUUGAAACAAUUUUUGGGUCUUCAUGUAAGGCUAAUUUAUUAUAUUAUUAUUUAUCUUUUUUAAUAACGUCAGUGCCAAACGAUAGUAGUGCUAAGUUGUAAACGACUAUGCCUUUAUGAUAAAGAGGUUCGAAAUUGUUUUAAAAAUAUUGAGUAAUUCAAUCCAGUCUAAUGUAUUUGACCAAAGCGAAGCUGUUUGAACUAAAAAUACAAUAGCAGCUCAAGCUUCGAAGGUCAUUUAGAUCGCCGAAAUCUUGACCAUUAUAUUCAUAUAUAACACGUACAUUUUAUUGUUUUACCGAUUAAAACUUAGUCAAUUUCUUUAUUUUUACACGAUGUUACAGUAUUUGUUCUAGUAUCGUGUAAAUUUGAAGUUAUCUUAAGGAACCCUGAUGUUGUAAAUGCCUUACUUAAUUUGUAAUAAUUUAUAUAUUUAGGUGUAUAGUACUUAAGCCAUGUUUUGAGACCAGUGACUAUUAUAAUUUUAGAAGUAAAAUGAAGGCCCUUUAUAGAGAAAAGCCUCAGUCGACGCGUCGCACUGCGCACGGCCUUGGCCGGGGCUUUUCCUCCUUUCACGUUUUACAGAAAGUGACUAUACUUGUUUUCUUUAACUCGUGGAAGAUGCACAUUUUACUAGCACUUUUCAGUGUCGGUGGCCGAUAUUUUAAUCGUUUUGUAAAGAACUUUUACAAUAUGAUAACAAUAUAAAAACAUAUUGUAGUAACUUUUAUAACUUUUGAUAUUAAAGUGCUGGUAGAUUUUAAUACAUGAAAAUAACACAGAUCGAGGGGGAUACGAAAGUUAAGUAAACUUUUGCGUUCGCCCUGGUUUAGGAACACUUGUGAAGACUAAAGUGAACGAUCGCAUUAAUUCGUACCAACCUCCGUCUGUAUACUCAGGUUGUAGGUAUAUUUCUUAUUAUUUAUUUAAAAUUGUAGCAAUAAAGAGAAAUCAUUAUAAAUUUCAGUUUUUGUUUACUGUAAUGCAUAAAUGUUUUAUUGAAAAUUUCUGUGUCAAAAUAAUUUAUGCACGUCAAACAAUAAUAAUAAAAUGUCCAUACUUUAUUCAAUGUUUUACCGAGUAAAGCUAUGAUCUAGCUAUCUGUACAACUGUGGAUAAGAAUUUUAAAUAAAAAUUUUCAAGUGAUA